GCAAGAAAAGCUACACCUUAUUCGACAUAAGAACGAGUCUAACAUGGACUACCUUUUGAUGUUCAUUUUCUUUAUUCCCAGCAUUGAGAGCCAGAGGUGGUCAGCAAGGCAGUUAUCUCUUCAAUCUGGAGGAAAUUUCACCAUCCCAUGUCAUUAUGAUAUGAAAUAUAUACAACAUAAGAAGUACUGGUGUUAUCAUGCUGGGGGAGCAUUUAAUUACUGUAAGAUUCUGGCUUAUGAAAAUACUACACAAGAUAGAGUAACAGUGACUGAUUAUCCAGCUCAGAGUCUCUUUACUGUGACUAUGAGAGAUCUGCAGAGUGGAGACACUGGAAUGUACUGGUGUGCUGUGGAGAUUGGGGGAAUAUUUCAGCCAGAUGUUAAAGAACAGUUUUACAUCACAGUGAAAUCAGAUCCUGAUCUGUCUGUGUUGGAGAGCAGUGUGAGUGGUCAGGAAGGGGGCAAUGUCAGUGUCCAGUGUCUCUACAGUGCUGGAUAUCAGAAUGAACAGAAGUGGUGGUGCAGAUCUAAAGACCAGAGGUGUUACACAGUGGGGAGGACUGACACAUCCCAGAAUUCAACUGUUCAGACCAGUGAUGAUGGGAGAAAAUCCUUCAGUGUGGAGAUGAGUGGGCUGCAGAAGAGUGAUGCUGGCUGGUACUGGUGCAAAACUGGAGAUCUGCAGGCUCCUGUUCAUCUCAGUGUCAGUGAUGCUCCUCCAGCUACGAUCACAAACACUGUUACAACGGCUGUGACUUCAGUUUCUGCCUCUGAGAAAACCAGCACCAGUGAGGCCACUUCAGGUUCUGCAAGUAUUACUACAGAAACAGAAUCAGCAAAAGAUCCGUGA